AUGGAUCAACAAAACCUAAACAACCAACCUGAUGUCGAAGCCUCACCAGAACAAACAUCCAAUGAAGAAGUGGACACUGUUUUAGGGCGAUUUACUUUAUUUGUGAAAGACUUAUCGAAUGGAUUAAAUGGUAGUCAAGAAGUCCCGACAUCACAAGAAAGUGCUAGUGAAGAAGCUGAACUCAUAAAUAGGAAGAUUGUUAUAUUGGGCCAAAUAUUUGACAAUUCCAACGCUGCAAACAAUUAUAUUGAAUCCAAACUUUGGUUAUCAUAUCGUUGUGGAUUUGAACCAAUACCUAAAUCAAUAGACGGUCCUCAACCAAUUCAUUUUUUCCCAUCAAUCAUUUUCAAUAGGACUACUAUUUAUUCUAAUUUUGCAAAUUUAAAGAGUUUAUUUGAUAAAGAAAAUUUCACUUCGGAUGCUGGUUGGGGGUGUAUGAUUAGAACAUCCCAGAAUCUAUUAGCAAAUACUUUACUAAAAUUGUAUCCAAAGAAUGAACAAGAAAUUGUUAAAUUGUUUCAAGAUGAUACUAAAUCUCCAUUUUCAAUUCACAAUUUCAUUAGAGUUGCUAGUUCACUGCCAUUACAUGUUAAACCAGGAGAAUGGUUUGGUCCUAAUGCGGCGUCAUUAUCAAUAAAACGUUUAACUAAUGAACUACAAGAUCAAGAAAUUAAUGGUAUCAACCCACCUAGAGUAUUUAUUAGUGAAAACUCUGACUUGUUUGAUGAUGAAAUACGAGAUGUUUUUGCUAAAGAAAAAAGUAACAGUGUUAUAAUUUUGUUUCCAAUAAGAUUAGGUAUUGAUAAAGUAAACUCAUACUAUUAUAAUAGUAUCUUUCAUUUAUUAUCUUCAAAAUAUAGUUGUGGAAUUGCAGGAGGUAAACCUUCUUCGAGUUUUUACUUUCUAGGCUAUGAAGAUACCGAUUUGAUAUAUUUUGACCCUCAUUUACCACAAAUUGUCGAGACUCCAUUCAAUAUGGAUUCAUAUCAUUCAACUAAUUAUAACACACUAAAUAUUAGCUUAUUAGAUCCUUCAAUGAUGAUUGGCAUACUAGUGACGAAUAUUGACGAAUAUAUUGAUUUCAAAACUAGUUGUAUCGAUAAUAACAACAAGAUUGUUCAUUUCCAUCCUCACACUCUACCAGUACAACAAGAUUCUAUAAUCAAUCAGUCAUGGGAAGAAGUACAGGAUGAAGAAGAAGAGUUUGUUAAUUUGAAUGUGAGUAAAAUUGAGAAUGAACAACAACAAGAGGAAGUGACUGAUACUCCAGACGAAUUCAUAGAUAUAGGAAAUCAACUGUCCCUGGUGGUGCUGGUGCCAUCCAAUGUGUGA